CCGGCCAUGAUUUACAUGCAAGUGCUAUAUUUCGAAAAAAUGGAAUCGUCAAAGCAAGAUAGUUUGGCAACAAGUACUUCUCAUUUAGUAAUUCUGAAUAUCGAGGAGGAGAUCUCCAAAGACACUAAUAUCAAAGUCCCAGAACGCUAUACUCGAAUUGAUCGUCAUGAGGACCCUCCAGCUUUAGCAACCCCCAGCUUUCAAUAUCCGAUCUCCACAAUUGACAUGAAACAACUUGUUUCUCCGGAGACGGAGGAAUUUGAACUUGAGAAGUUGCACUCAAUUUGCAUGGAAUGCGGAAUCUUUCAGUUGGUAAACCACGGAGUUAGCUCUUCACUCAUGGAGAAGCUGAAUGAUGAGAUUGAAGGAUUCUUCAAGCUUCCCUCGGAAGAAAAAAUGAAGGUCAAGGUAAGACCAGGUGAUGUUGAAGGCUUUGGUACCGUUGUCCGUUCCGAUGACCAAAAGCUUGACUGGGGUGAUAAGAUCUAUUUGAUUGUAAACCCUAUUCAUCGAAGAAAGCCAUAUCUUUUCCCAGAACUCCCUUCAUCUUUGAGAGAAACAUUGGAGUCUUACUUACUGGAGUUGCAAAAACUUUCCAUGACACUGUUCCGAUAUCUGGGAAAGGCUCUCAUGAUAGAAACGGGAGAGAUGGAGGAAUUGUUUGAAGAUGGAAUGCAAUCUAUAAGAAUUACCCGCUAUCCUCCCUGCCCACAACCAGAGCUCGUUUUGGGUCUCACGCCUCAUUCGGAUGCAACUGGCAUUACAAUCCUUCACCAAAUUAAUGGAGUCGAAGGUCUUCAAAUGAAGAGAGAUGGGGUUUGGAUUCCUGUAAGCUUCCUCCCAGAUGGCUUCGUCGUGAAUGUAGGAGACAUUCUUGAGAUUUUGAGCAAUGGGGUCUACAACAGCGUCGAGCACAGGGUAACUGUGAAUUCAAUGAAAGAGAGGAUGUCGAUUGGUAUGUUCUUCAACCCAAAAUUUGAAGCAGAGAUUGGACCAUCGCCUGCUUUAUUGAACUCAAAUAACCCACCAUUGUUUCGAAGGGUUGGAAUGGAAAAGUAUGUUAAGGAUUUCUUCUCCCGGAGGCUCAAUGGAAAGGCGUACUUAGAGCAUAUGAGAAUCAAAGCCGGAGAGGGCAACAUGAACUAAUGAUGGCCAAACUGACCAUAUAUCUAUAUAUAUAGCUAGUACUGUAUUUAUACUUAUUAUGUAUCGUUGUGUACGUAUAUGCCAUAUGGCAAUAAUCUCUUAUAUAUAUACGCACGUAGUGUGCUUUUCAAAUGGUGGAUGACACAAAUCUUGUAUAUGAUCAUCAUCAGUACACACGCACAUAGCUGAAGAAUUUGGGGCACCUUUCUUGCAUCGAUAUGGAAUCUAGUUCAUGUGGUUGUUCCACGAGACAUGGCACAAUGAUCACCACUAAUAUUGUAUCUUCCCAAAGAUAGAGUAUGCUCCGAGAGAAACACUGAAGGUUAUGGAUUCAUGCCCAACGUGCACUGAGGAGCUGCAAAUAUUGACUCCAAGCUUAGAAGCAGUCAUGUUGUAUACAAGCAUAAAUCCAAGGUCAUUUCCAUAGGGAUAACAAUAUUGAUCAUGCCGAGCAAACAUAUAACGAGUUGCAUUCGUGGGAGGAACUUGUUUGUAAAAGGGUUGUUUACACGUCUAAGGAGAGAAAUAAUAAAAAUACGUUUAUGUACUGAUUUGGAGUGUAUGAA